AUGUCCCCCAGAUUCAUCACAAUUUUACUCCUUAUUUGUUUGGUGUCUGGAGUCACCGCGAAAUUUCUCGCCGUGGUGGAUGAAACCGACGUAAUUCCAGAAGAGCCGUUGGUCGAAGAAGAACGUGAAAUGUGCUUCUGUUGCCGAGCAUUCGUCUGUCGUCAUCAAACAUGUCCUUGUUCCAGAUUCACCGCACUAUUCUGA